AUGGUUUACUUUACGGCUUUAACGUGUACCACCACAAGGAUGACGAUGAUCGCCACAAAUACCAGCAUGAUAGUGAAAAGAGAGCCAGUCACUAAAGAAGGAAAUAUGUCAAUCGUUGCGAUAUCGGUCAUUUUGUUAGUUGAACCAAAGAAAAAUAAUACUCAGUUCAAGAGGAGAGAACAUGGCCGCAGACAACUAGAGAAGCCGAGAGAAAAGGCAGAUUCUCUAAUAAUGAUCUUUCAAUGAACGACGAACAUCAGCAUGCUUUUGCAGGUGUAAUGUGCACGCUUGCCGGCAGGAUUCGAAACAUUGCGAGCAUAAACCUGUGGCGGCUGUCUAGCAUUGGUGCAUGCCUACGUUGCAAAGUUGUGCUAAAUACGUACCCGAGAUCUUCGAAAAAGAGCGCUACAUAAGAAGCACUUUUACCAAUGGAAAGAAUGCUGGAACGAUCCAUACUUCUUUCAAUCCGCACCUUAUGACGAUCCGCAAGACGAUGCCUCCUGUAGGACAAAGAUGCUGCGUUUCCCUCCUGUAGGACGAUGCUGACGCUUUUCGUCUGUCACCAACUCAACUUGCGACUCCUGAAGAUCACUGAGUAGAACGAUCCACACCGCCACUGAAAAUAGGUCAAACUAUUUAUUUACAGCAAUUAUACAAGAAUGCAACUACAUCUACAAGAAGUUCUCAAAAAGACGCUCUCAAGUCCAAGAUCUUCCCAAGACAUG